AUGAAUGCCUCCCAGGAGGCGCAACUCAAGGCGUGCUUCUCGGGUGCCUUUGAAACACUGGUGCUACAAAUCUUGGCAACAUUUAGGAUCAUAGCAACUGCAACAGUGCUGGAAUUCAACCAUGCUGCAAAGAUAAUGAAGAAGAUCAAGCUUGUUGGUUAUCCCACUAAGGUCUUCAAGAAGACUGCUUUUAUAGAGGGCAUGUUUACUUCAGAUCUUGAAGUAGCCAGGUUUGAAGGUGCUGCUGUGCAAACUGUUAGUAAAAUCCGAGGGCAAGUGAAAAAGGUAUUUAUCUCACUCACUGUCUUAGACUGGAAUCACACAACUUGGAUCUGGUGUUACUUCAAUCCCUUCCCAUCACCCUAG